CCGUCCUCUCCUUGCAGAGGGAACAGCCGAGCCCCAGCGCGGUGCCGGCGCCCAGGGGGAUGUGGAGCCGCAGAGGCAGCGGAGCCUGUGAGUGACACAACCCCGCCAGCCCACAGCUGAAUGGAAAGACUGCAGAAGCAGCCACUGACCUCCCCUGGGAGCGUCUGCUCUUCCCGCGGCUCCAGCGUUCCCGGAUCUCCCUCCAGCAUCGUGGCCAAAAUGGACAACGAGGUGCUGGGGUACAAGGACCUGGCCGCCAUCCCCAAGGACAAGGCGAUCCUGGACAUCGAGCGCCCCGACCUGAUGAUCUACGAGCCCCAUUUCACCUACUCGCUCAUGGAGCACGUGGAGCUGCCCCGGAGCCGGGAGCGCUCCCUGUCUCCCAAAUCCAUGUCUCCUCCUCCGUCUCCGGAGGUUAUCCGGGAGUGGCUGGAGAGCCGGCCCCCCAGCAGCACCCCGCUGCCCCCCUCGCGCCAGGGCACGGCCCCGACCCGCAGCAGCGUCCAGCACUUCCACCGACCCGAGACCGACACGACGGAGCUCAACAUUUACAAGAAGCCCCCGAUCUACCGGCAGAAAGACCACCACUCCAGCGCCCACCACGGCAAGCAUCUCAUUGAGGACCUGAUCAUCGAGUCCUCCAAAUUCCCGGCGGCGCAGCCCCCGGAUCCCAACCAGCCCGCCAAGAUCGAGACCGACUACUGGCCGUGCCCGCCGUCCCUGGCCGUCGUGGAGACGGAGUGGAGGAGGCGGAUGGCGUCCAAGAGAGGCGAGGAGGAGGAUGAGGAUCUGACGGAGGAGAUGAAGAACCUGCGGGAGCUCCAGCGGCAGGAGCUGAGCAAGGUCACCUCCAACCUCGGGAAGAUGAUCCUCAAGGAGGAGAUGGAGAAGUCUCUCCCCAUCCGGAGGAAAACUCGCUCGCUGCCGGACCGGACGCCUUUCCACACGUCCCUCCACACGAGCUCCAAGAGCUCCUCCCUCCCCGCCUCCGGCCGGAGCACCCUCACCCGGCUGCAGUCGGCAGAGUUCGGCUCGGCAGGGAGCGAGAAAGGCAGUCCUGAACGGCCAGCGCGGGCGCAUGGACAGAGGGAACUCGCUGCCCAGCAUGCUGGAGCAGAAGAUCUACCCCUACGAGAUGCUGAUGGUGACGAACCGAGGCCGAGUGAAGCUCCCGCCCGGCGUGGACAGGACCAGGCUGGAGCGACACCUGUCCCCGGAGGAUUUCCUGAAGGUGUUCGAGAUGUCCCCGGAGGAGUUCGGCAAGCUGGCGCUGUGGAAGCGCAACGAGCUGAAGAAGAAAGCCUUCCUCUUCUGAGCCCAGCCCGCCCCUGCCGCGCCGCGUCACCGCUUUUGGGCUCCCAGCCGGUUUUUAUUGGGGUGCCCCCACCACCCCCCACCCCAGCCCCUCUCCCCGCGCCCCCCAGAUCUGCCCCCCAAUCCUGCAGGGAAUGGGGCUGGGGGGUCCCAGCCGGCCUGGCCGCGGGGUGACGGCGCUGGGGGUGUCCCUGCCCCGCUGCAGGCACGGUUCAGCCGCCACAGGAGGUUUUGGGGGGGGGUCUCUGGGCUUUGUGCCCCCCCUUUGUCCCCCCUCGGGAACGUGCCUGGUUCCGCUGGGGGGGCUCUGGGGGGGUUUUGCUGCCCCCAGCCCCGCCCCACCCCGGGGAGCCCCCCAAAGGUGCCCCAGUCCCCCACGCUGAGCUUUGGGGGGGCCGACACUGCCAGAUCGAUGUUCCCACCACAAAGCCAGGCCCAAAUCCCACCUUAACCCCCCCCUGCCCCCCCAGGUUUGUGCCCCCCACCCCGUGCCAGGUGCUGCGGCGAGGACCCCCAAGGACACUGCCAACCCCCCCCGGGCUGGGCAGGGAGCGGGGGGUCCCUGGGGCAGCUGGGGGGGCGCAGGGGCGGUGGUUUGGGGGUUCAGGGAUGGACUGGAGCGGGGCACGGCUCGAUGGGCACUCACGGGGGCCGGGCGCUGUCCCCGUCCCCUCCCCUCCACACAUUUCGGGCAGGACCCCUCUGUCUCUCUCCCCGCACCCCUCCACGCUCCCCGUUUUGGUUCUUUAUUUUUUUUUUUUUUUCGUUCCCAGCCACUUUCCAGCCGCUCGUUGGGAUGUAAAGAAUGUAAUUUAUCGGGAAUUCACUGGCCCAUACUUGCCUUUCACUGCUACAAACGACAUAUCUAUAAAUAUAUCUAUAAAUAUGGGUUUGUUUUCGGACUGGACUGCAGUGAUUCACUUUCUCUUUUGUUUUUUUUGUUUUGUUUUGGUUUUUUUGUUAGAGUUUUAUUUUAUUUGCUGGUGUCGGAGAAUCCGCGUGAGAGUGAUUUUUUUGCUUACAAUUAAAGGUGAAAUGGCUUUAUCCA